AUGGCGUCGCUGCCUCCCGCUCACAGGAACCAGGCGUCCGCGGGAAGAAACGCAGCGGUGGAGAGGAGAAAUCUGCUCACAGUGUGCAGGUUCUCAGUCAAGACGCUUCUGGAUCGUUCGUGUUUUGAGACCUUAGAAGACUCUUCUUCAGAGUUUACAAACUUUGUCUCAAUAUUAGAACACAUUCUCAGUCACAAAUUCAAAGGUCAGACAACAUGGUUUGGCUCUGAAAGCACUCGCAGUUUUUGGGAUUUUAUUAAAGUGGCUUGUGGUAAAGUCGCUCACAGCUGCAUCCAAAGUAUUGAGAGUAUGGAGAAUGUGCAGUCGUCCAAAGCAAAGGGCAGAGCCUGGAUCAGAAUUGUCCUAAUGGAAAAAAGACUUGCUGAGUACAUCUCCUCAGCAUUAAGAGACCUUAGAAUCACCAGGAGAUUCUAUGAAGACGGAGCCAUUAUGUUGGGAGAGGAGGCAGCGUUGCUAGCAGACACACUCAUUGGCCUGAACACUAUAGACUUCAGCUUCUGUCUGAAAGGCGAGGCACUAGAUGGGAGUUUUCCAGCGGUCAUCGACUACACGCCAUAUUUGAAGUUUGUUCAAAGCUCAGACAGUAUCAGCAGUGAUGAGGAGGAGAUGAGAACCAUGGGCAGCAGCGGGAGUGAAAGCAGCUCACCCGACAGAACAGCCACCGCUGCCUCCAUCUUCACUGAACAGAGCUCCCUGUUCAGCAAGUGCAAACGCUUUGAGCAGAAGUACCGCAUGGCUCUGGAGCAAAAGGGGUACCUGGAGGAGCUGGUGCGGCUGCGAGAGGCCCAGCUGUCGGAGGCCGUGUCCCAGAACAAAGCUCUGGAGCAGAGCCUGACGGACGCACAGCUCUCACACACAUUGGACAAACAGCAGCUGGAGUACAUCAUCCUGGAGCUGCAGGACCAGCUAACAAUACUCAAAAACCACGACUUGCGGUCGAGGCAGGAGCUGACUGCCCACCUCACAAACCAGUGGCCCUCCCCUCACUCUGUGGACACAGACGCUGUUGCCUUGGACACGCUGCUCUAUAAGAAGCGAAUGGGACAGUGGGAAAAGAGUACUUCUCAUAGUCUGAAAAAUGUACUGGAACCACAACAAUUUAAGAUUUUAGAGCGCCCACCAGCAAGUUCAAAGGCUUCCUAUUCUGCCUCGACUAAGUGA